AUGGCGGCCAUCACUUCCAUUGCCAGCCAUGAGAGCGACGGCUUCAUCAACGCAACAGUAACUUUCCGAGUUCGAGUUGACACCUGUUUCGGAGAGCACGUGUCGGUGGUGGGGAACGGGUCGUCUCUGGGCGCCUGGAAACCCAGCGGGGGCGUGCCCCUCCGCACGCACGAGGAGGCGUAUCCGAUCUGGUUUGCCACCAUCCAAAUGCCCUUGGACACGAGCAAGCAGCUGGACGCCCUGUACGAGUACAAGUUCAUCAUCCACCGCUGCGGCGGUGGCGUCGAGUGGGAGCCGGGCUCCAAUCGCCUCCUCCCUCUGAAGCUGGACGCGGAGAGCAUGACCCUGUCGAGCCUCAAGCCGCAGAUCGCCUGCUUCGGCCAGCCCCGGGCUGCAGGGCAACCUGUGCUGUCGCAGGUGCUGAGCCUUAGCACCAUCAGCACCCUGGGCACCUGUAUGGCAGACGGCGAGACGGAGCCUGAGGAGGACAACCAGGAUGACCUGGAGCUCAUGUCGCGGUGCUCCUCCCUGGCCACUUUGCCCCUCUUCGAGUUGGAGGCCGUGCGCCUCCGGGAGCUUGAGGCCUAUGACGCAACUCUGGGCACCAGCCCCGCCGGCGGUGACUCCACGGAGACGGAGGCGCCCGACACGGACUCGGCGCCGCCCAGUCCGGUGCAGGAGCUCUCUGUUGUGGACUCCUGCCUAGUUCCGGAGGUGCCGGAGACGCAAACGGCCUUCGAGGUGCCAAAACCCGCGGCCAUGGCAGCUGUCGAGCCGGAGAUGCCGGUGGAGCCGGAGAUGCCGGUGGAGCCGGAGAUGCAGGCGACGAUGGUCGAGGAAAAGGUUUCUCAGGCUAAGACGCCCACGUUCUGCCUUCAGUCGGGGGCGCAUCGCCUGUCCAAGCCGUCAGGCCGCUGCGAGGACGCCUUCUUUUACAGCCGCCAGGCGGCGGGAGUGGCGGACGGCGUGGGGCAGAUGGAGCAGUUCGCGGAGUACGGGGUGGACGCGGCCGCCUACUCGGACGACCUCAUGUGCCUGGCUGCACGGGAGGUCCACCGCCUGGCGCCGGGGGAGUCCCGCGCCGCGGCCGCCCUCGCGGCCGCGGAGGUGGGGGCCAGGACCUACGGCGCCAGCACCGCGCUGGUCUUGUCCUUGGAGGGCGAGGCCGUGCAUGUUGCCAACCUGGGCGACAGUGGCUUCAUGCACCUGCGGCUCCGAGCCUGGGGCAUGGAGAUCUUGCAGACCUCCCGCGAGCAGACCCACGGAUGGAACUGCCCGUAUCAGUUCACGCGUGUUCCCGAGGCAUUGUUCAAAGACAGCGGCAUCUCCUUCGACUCUGCCGCAGAUUGCGAGAAGUACGAGCUCCAGGUAGAGACAGGCGCUAGCGCGGAAGGGUGUGUUUUUCUCCUUGUCUUCUCAAUGUCCGAGUUUGGCUUCAAAUAA